ACCUGGAAAGAUGGGGACACUCGGUUAAUGCUCCCUAAUUUAUUGUAUGCAUUUAGAGAGAAAUUAUUAUUCCUGGAAAUAUACAAAUACAUACAUCAAUGCAUUCAAAGCACCCUUGAUGCCUAACCACAUUUAUGUAUUUAUAUAUACAUAUUGGUUAAAUUUAAUGUCUUUAUUAACCAAACACCUCAGUUACAAACUAACCUCGCACCAGAGCAGACAAUCAAAUCACACAUUUCUUUAAAUUGAAAAUAUAAGAACUUGUGUGCAAAAUAAAGUUGACAAAUUGUGACUCAUUACCAUCAGCACGUGCUGACUUAAGUAUUGGAUAGUUAAUUAAUUGCGUAACACAUUUUUUAACAAUAUUAAAUUCAUUCAAAAUUCCUACAAGAAUUAUGGACGCUGAAGAAGUGCGUGAUCCUAAACGAAUCCAGUAUUGCGAUGAAAGAAAUUCUGCAGAUUUGUCAGGCCUGCUGGAAUCCCUGAACGUCCGGGAUGACAUGGAUAGCGGUGUUGCGAGCACGGUCAACAAUGGUAUUCCUAUGAUGCAAACUGGGGUCAACGCUCAUGGCUCGAAUCAAGUCGUUCAGGGACAUCCUGUCAACAAUGUUUUGCCAGCCAAUAAUCAACUAAAGGCUCCACCACCGUCAAAUUUAGAUCCGGAAAAGCGAAGACUCAUCCAACAACAACUUAUCCUGCUCCUGCAUGCACACAAGUGUCAGAAACGGGAAAGUGAAGUUCCAAGUUGUGGAGAAUGUACCCUUCCGCAUUGUGGGACCAUGAAGAACGUAUUGGCGCACUUGACUAACUGCCAGGCCGGAAAAUCUUGCCCGGUCACUCACUGUUGGUCUUCUCGGCAAAUCAUAUCGCAUUGGAAACAUUGUACGCGAUCAGACUGCCCUGUCUGCCUUCCGCUCAAACAGGCUGACCGCAAUAGGGCCAAUCCAACUAAUAUUUAAGUAUCGGGAGCAGGACAACUUUAAAAUGAGCGCCAAUAAUGUACAUAAACCGGAAUUUCGAAAUACAUACAAAAAUUGAUUUUGUUACGAUUUGCACAGUUUGGGGAAGUGAUUUUUGUGAGUUAAACGGUUCCAAUAAUUUGGUCCAACUCCGGCCCUAGUGGGAGGGGCCCAAAGUCGCUUUUUUUCUCUACAAUCCGAAUCGAACGUUUUUGGAAAUUUGACAAAUAAAUUUCAAAAAAUAACUUUUGGAUGAAAAUUUCUAGUGUCACAUUACCCCGUAAAUGGAGUAUCAAAUUAUUGGUACCCUUACAUUCACAAAAAUCAUGUUUGCAAACUGCAAAUCUUAACAAAAUCAAUUCUUUUAGUGGCUUUCGAGAUUCCGGUUCACAUUAUUGCUACUCAAAUAUAAUAAACUUGCGUAUAAGCCCGUCUCCUGCCGGGCAUCAGUUAUCCGAUUUUCAAAGGUCCACCAAUUAAAUUUGUUUUACUCAUAUAUUUUUAACUAAAACUAUUUCUUCGUAAACGGAAAUGAACGGAAUUUGUAAGGAACGUUAAACAACUUACAUAUGCA